AUGGCGGAGGAGGAGGCAGAGAGGGAGUGCAACACAAGGGAAGUAAUUGUGGCCCUCCGUAAACGCUUCCAGGAAUUGAUCACAGGACUGAAAGAGAGUUCGGAAUCGGCACUGGACGCCUCUUCUAGUUUUUGUCAGGAGUUUUGCCAGGUACUGGUGGAACAUGGGAGUCGAUGGAAGACAGAGGAGGAUCCACUGCCUCUUUUGGAGAUGUACACGGUGGCCAUACUCAGCUACGCAGAGGCCACCCCAUCUCUCUCUCCUGAAUGUGAACAGGCACCACUUGUACUUGAUAAAUUAGGCCUGAGUUGCAUGGAUCUUCUCCUGUCACUGUCUGAGCAGAUCCCAGGUGCCUUAUGGGAGGAAUUCCAGUCAUCUGUGAAGUUGGCACAUGGCAUUCUGCAUGAGAGUGGGAAUUCACAACUUCAGACACUAUCAGCCGUUGCUGCAGAAAGUGGGAUUUGGACCAAUACCACCCUGUGUAGUGUUCUAUCCAAUGAGACGCCGGAAACCGAAAAAGUUAAUGAGUUUUUGGUUGUCGAGGGGCCUGUACUCCUUGAUAUGCGCAUCAAGCACCUUAUAAAACAAAAUGAAGUAGAAAAGGCUGCCAGACUAGCCAAGGUCUGUACAGAGUUUCCAGAGUUUGGAGGAAAAAGGAACUUCAAACAAGCCUACCUGGUAUGCCUCUGUGGGACAAGUUCACCAGACCAAUUGAAGCAAGAGAUAGCUGACGUAGACUGCAAAGAUGCCUUGGACAUGAUCUGCAACUUGGAGUCUGAAGGAGACGAGAAGGGGGCCCUUAGCCUGUGCUCUGCAUUCCUUAAACGGCAGCUAGUUCAAGGGGAUGUGUAUUGUGCCUGGGAACUCACACUGCUGUGGAGUAAGCUUCUGAUGCGGUUAGAAUCUGCACAGGCUUUCUUGGAUCAAUGCAGGCAGUUAGUGAUUCUGUCCACGAGUGUGUACCAUAUUCUGCUCCUCAUUAAAGUCAUCCAGUCUGAAGUUGAAAAUGUUGGACUUCCAGUGUGCAUCGAAAUGUGCAUUCAAGCUUUGAAAAUGGGAGCCAGUGACGGAGAAGACAGCAAAGCCACCAUAUGCAAGACUAUCUCCUGCCUAAUGCCCAAUGACUUGGAGGUGAAACGUGCAUGCCAACUCACAGAGUUCCUUCUGAAACCCACUGUGGAUUCAUACUAUGCUGUUGAAACGCUCUUCAAUGAACCAGACCAAAAGCUAGAGGAGGAGUCUCUGCCCAUUCCCAACUCACUACGUUGUGACUUGUUAUUGGCCUUGAAGACACAGUGGCCUUUUGACCCUGAGUUCUGGGACUGGAAAACUCUAAAACGUAAUUGCUUGACAUUGAUGGGUGAUGAAGCCUCGAUAGUGUCAUCCAUUGAUGAACUCAAUGAUAAUGAAGAGCCAGAUGGGAAAGAGGAUGGAGAGAGUGGUCAGAACUAUAUGGAUUUGAUAAUGAGUCCCUCCGUUGAUCUUAGUGAUCUUGAUGCUGAACGACAGAAGAAAAGGGAGAUUAAGAAACUGAGAGAACAGGGCUUUGUUUCUGCAAGAUUUAGAAACUGGCGGGCAUAUAUGCAGUACUGUGUUUUGUGUGACAAGGAAUUUCUCGGUCACAGAAUUGUAAAGCAUGCCCUGAAACAUGUCCAAGAUGGAUUAUAUAGAUGCCCAAUAUGCGCACAGUCCUUUGAGACGAGACAAGUUCUUGAACCACAUGUUGCUUCACAUGUUAAACAGUCCAGCAAGGAACGACUAGCUGCUAUGAACAUCACCAAGAAGAAGCUACCGAAAUCUCCCACAAAGUCACCCAUUAAGGAUUACAUUCUGAAAAAAUCCCCUGUAGUUAAGGUAAAUCCUGAAGCAAAAGUCCAAGCAAUCGCAAACACUCCCAAUAUCAGAGGACCUCCUGGCAGCAGUGCAAUUAUCACUCCAAAAUCAAAACCAGAAAAAACUCAGCGUGCUGCGGCUGUGUCAGAAAAUACUGAGGAUUGCUCUUGCCCUGUUACCAGCUGUCAGAAGGUUUUCAAGUACUUCAGGAACCUAGUUGCCCAUAUGAGAGUGCAUAAAGAUGAUGAAGAGGCCAAGUGUUUCCUUGAAACACACUGCCAAAAAGCUAUUUGUCAGUAUUGUCGACGGCAGUUUGUUAACAUGACACACCUGAAUGAUCACUUGAAAAUGCACUGUGGCCCAAAGCCAUACUAUUGCAUUCAGCUGAAUUGUAAAGCUAGUUUCCCCUCUCAUGCUGAGCUUCUCAUGCACAGGAAAGUGCACACUGGAUUUCAAGCCCAGUGCAUGUUCCCAGACUGUGGCCGAAUUUUUACGGAAACUUACCAGCUGUAUGACCAUGAAGCACAGCACUACAUCAUGUUCACCUGUAAAGCACCAAACUGUGGCAAGGUCUUCUACUCGCAGGCUCUUCUGACUUCACACAUGAAGGAACAUGUGAAACAAGAGAUGUCCUCCACAUUCACAGAACAAACUAAUCCAGACAGUGUGCAGGUUCUUGGACAGUCCCCAAAUAAAGCUGAUGAUGCCACGGGGGAAUCGGCAUCAGUAAAAAUAAAGCACUCUGUAGAAAGUAUGCUGAAUGAUAUUCCUGCUGUUGCUGCCACUGCAGCAGCUGCAGAGGAGAUCAAAGAUGGUGCCGGGACACUGACUCCUGCAGAUGCAGCCACUGCACCAAGUAGCAGUAAGCCAGAGGCCACAGCUGCUGGUGUGCCCGUCAGUCAGCCUUUAAAAGCCACAGAGGCGAAAGUUUCAACUGAGUUUAACUUGAAAGGGCCUUUGCCAAUAACACAGCCUUGUUCAGUAAAACUGAAGCCAAUUCCGAUUAACACUUUGGAAGCUGUUGCGCUUCAGCCUCAGACAAUUAUACAGGACAAAAAACUAUUCUCCUGUCCAAAAGAUCAACCUCUAUUGGUUGAAAUAAAACGUGAGCAAUCUCUAACACCAUGCUCCUCAUUAAUGCCUCAUGGCAGUGCAUCACAAAGCAGCGUCAGUAGAGAGGCAGAUGACAAACUAACACACAUCUGCCCAUUUGAUUCGUGCACUCGGAGGUAUUGCACAUCUAAAAGUCUGGCAAGGCAUGUCAAGAAAGUGCACUCUGAGGCUUUUGAAGAAUGGAAACUGUCUAGGAGGUACAAACGACUUGCUGACAUGGCCGCAAGAAAACAGUCCAAUAUACAAAGGUCUCCUAGUAAACAGGUUCAGAAGAUGAAUACUACAGGUCUUGCAUCACCUCAAAAAGAUGCAAGCACCCGACAGUUACCCUAUUCAGUAGAAAGUGGAUCUUUAUCUGAACAGUCUUCUUUCUCUCCCAACUCCAUGUCUAAUUGUUCACUGCCUUUCUAUUCUGGUUUUUGUUCUCAACCAGAAACCUCGUUUUGUGAAACUUUACAAAAUCCAGCUGGACUGAUACACUCAGAUAUCACUCAACUAUGGCAUUCACCAACAGCAAAUGAUUACAGUUGUGAUUAUACCCAGCAGAGUGAUUGCCCCUCAAAAGUCUUACCUGAUCAACUUCAAGGCUUCCACUCAUUCUCCCCUGAGAUGAAUGGGGCUCAGGUUGCUAUUGAGACACAAAGUGAUACACUACAUACUACAGCCCCAAGUGAUGAUGGGAAUGCCCUUCCCAUGAUGAGCCAGGACUCCAGCGUGAUGAAUCAAGCAUCAAAGUACAUAUCCAGCUCCCUUAUGGUUUUACAUUCAACAGAGGGUGGACAGCAGUGCGAUCUUGCACAAGCAGAGAGAAACGUAGCGCACAUGGAGUCUCCGAUGCAAAGUCAUUCAAGCGGGAUCACUCACAAUAACAGUCUGUCCCAUUCAAACAGUAUGCCAGCACAAGGCCUUCAUCCGUAUGUGUCAAACAUGCCUACUGAGGUGCAUGCUCAGUCAGUGGAACCAUUGGGAACCAUUGACAAGUCCUUGAGUUUUGAUCAUCAUGACCGAUAUGUCAGUAGCUUAGAUGUUAAUAUGGCUCACCUUAACUCGCCCCCUUACAAGAGCCAUGUUGAUAGUACAGCAGCCCAUCUACAGAGUCCAACAGAGAUGUUAGACUGUGCAAAUUCUUAUUUCAGUAAUACAGGUGAGGCGUCAGAUUCUCAAAUGCAAGACUUGGAUUCUGAUGGAGGAACAUUUCAUGCAGCACCAGGCAUUGACUCCACUGACAAAAAGGAAAGCUCUAGUGAGGCUGAUGAGACGAAGAAACUGAAAAAGGUACGAUCAUCCAAGAGGACAAAAUGGCCUGCUAUUAUAAAAGAUGGGAAGGUAAUCUGCCGCAGAUGUUACAGGGAGUUUUCUAGCACAAAAUCUCUUGGUGGUCACUUAUCAAAGCGAUCUCAGUGUAAAGCUUUUGACGAAGUUGAUUUAAAUGCUGACUUGCCAACAUCCUUCCUUGAUUUCUUGAAUGAUCCCGAUGUUUCAUCUGUCUACCAGGCAGCAGUUACUCCAACUGUUAAGACUGAAGACGCCUACAAUGGCAAACCUAUUGGGUCCUGCAUGUAUCAGUCAGCAGAAUCUAACUUUGCGCAAAAUGGUAGUUUUCCUGACUUUUAUGAAUCCACUUACAACAUGGAUUUUCCAAAACAAGAGGGUGGUGUUGCCUCUUCAUGCACAUCUGAUGCUGUACAACAUACAGCUCUUAAUCAGAGUGCAUUUCUUGUAGCAGAUGCGUCACAGUCGUUACCCAACACUUUGGCUGACCACAGCAAAGGUGCUGAAGUGAACAUUGGCUCUGAGAAAAAGCAUACAAGUGGAAUAACUUUGAAGGAAUCUGUUACAAAUGCUGUGGAUGUUACAUCCACAGGUGAUGGAGACGACAGUAAAGUCGUGGAGAUUCAGAGAGCCUUGCAACGAUUGGAUUUGGUUGAUGCAGUCCUCAAAGAUUCUUUAAAGGUUAAUGAGAAUUCCUCUCUAAACAUUUCAAAGAGUGAGGGCUGUUCAACAGAAAGACCAAAACAAACCAUGGUGCCGAAAAGGGCUAUAAAAAAGGAGGCAGACCCAAAUGUCUCUAAACCAUUCAAGUGUGAAAAGGCAGACUGUUCCUAUGGUGCAAUGACGAAAGAAGCUUUAUUCAAGCAUCUGUUCAGGAUUCAUAACUACACUGAUGACAUGAUAAAUGAACUUAAAAAAUUACCAGACAAAUUUUCUCCUUACAGCUGUCAUAUAUGUGAAAAAAACUUUACGAGAACAACAGGUCUCCGUAUACACUACAUGAAUGUUCACCAUAUGGCAAAAGAGGCGAUACCCAAGAUAAAAGUAAGCAAAAUCAACAGAAUUCUCAAAUCCUCAGCAGUUGGGAAGGCUUCUUUAAUUCCCAAAUCAAUUCCUGUCAAUCAUUGCAACGGUUUGAAGGUGGAACGACUAGAAGAGCCUAUUGAACCUAAAAAGGAAGUUACCAGCCAGUUGCCUGGAAAGACAAAUAUUUCAGCAGCAGCUGGACAGGGAACUUUAAAUCAAGAUAAGUUGCCAAGCGAUACGCGUUUAUCAAUGGACAACUCUGUGGACCCUUCAACAGAACCAUCAACAGCAGGGCCACUACAGCCAGUCAAUAGUAACGAGAAACCUACAGAGGGUAGUUUUAAGACAGAGGUACAAUCACCAACGGAUGCAAGGGACAUAAAAGUGAUUAAAGGUGACUCUGCCCCAGAACUGAUCAAAGUUGAAACUGACCCAGAACUUAAAAUUGACACUACUGUUAUUAGUGAGCUUUCCAAAUCAUUCAGACCAUAUAGUUGUGUACAUCAAGGGUGCACGGCUGCCUUUUCAAUUGAGCAGAACUUGACUCUCCACUAUAGAGCUGUGCACCAGACAGAUCAUGUUGCUGAGCAAGAAGGAGUGUCAGGCGAUGGUGCCGAUGCCACUUAUAAGGCGUCAGACUUAGUGUGUCAAGUGGAAGACUGUUCAAGGGUACUCCAUAAAGCCACAAGUUUGUUUAAACAUUACCUGUUACAUCACAAAUUCACGGUCCAAAAAUCAAGUACCAUGCUGACUGGUGUAGAUGUUGGCACCUUCCCUUGUGACCAGAACAAGUGCUCCGCAUCCUUCACUUCUUUCUUGAAAUACAUUGACCACGUCAAAGAUCACCACAAGGCAAUACGAGUAUCAGAAGGUGGUGAUGGGUCGUCUGGCAAGGUGGAUGUGUCAUUCAAGUGUGAUUGUGAUGGAUGUGAUCGUAGCUACACCACCAAGUCAAAUCUUCUGCGGCAUCUCAUGAAAAAACAUCAAGACGUUUAUGAGGACAAAAUUAAGCCAAAAAACUUUCGAGGCGAAGACUUAGUGGAGAAGAAACCGAAACCAGGGCUUAGUCCAAACAAUGGGAAAGAGAACAUGGUGAAUAACAAAUUGAAAAUGAAAAAGAAGAAUUUGAAGAAAAAAGGAAAAGUUCUCAAUCACUGGACAAGCUUUGGCCAGCCCUCUCUGAAAUCCAUGGAUGAAGCCUCUGCCAUGUGCACCAAACGGUUUCCCUUGCAAUAUCCAUGCAUGAUAAAGGGCUGUGAUUCAGUUUCAAGUGCUGAAAGGAAUAUCUUUAAACAUUAUGCUACCCAUGGUCUCACAGAGCGCUACAUUGAGGAUCAGAGAGGUCAGUUUAUAUUUUGUAAGAAAUGCCCACGUUCCAGAAAUAUGGAUGCCAGCAAAUCAGAUGGGACCUCAACAGAGGGCUCAGACGAUGAAGAUGAAACGACGAAUGGCGAAAGUUCAGGUGAAAUGGCAGAAGAUUUUCUUGAAUCGCCCUCACAAGAUGAGAGUGCUGACGUAAUGCCAUCUGAAAGUCCGCUGUUGGGGAGUGAAAAUACCCAACCAACACCAGCUGAGUUGGUAGCUAAAGAGGAGUCAAAGAGGGGUUGCAAAAGGGGUCCUCAGAGGGGUCGUCGUCUGAUCAAGAGGCUAAACGAGCAAGACCACACAGCUGAAAAUGCAAUGAAAGAAUCAGAGCUCAGCACUGAGGAGCAGAGGCAUUAUUCUGAAGACGAAUUCUGUGAGGAGACUCAAAAUGCCAUGAACUCUCUUGAGUUGGAGCCAGCACUUCUUUCAUUGCUGGAGGAAUCAACAGAUUCCCUGAAAAGGAAAGCAACUGAGAGUAGUAAGACUGAAUCUCCCCCUAAAAAGCAGCGCACUCUUCAGCAGCAGUCCUCCAACAUAAUGGGAAAAAGACCGAGUGACUUUAAGAGAAGGACAACGAGUAGUGAAAAUCUCAUUCAUUUUAGAAACCCCUUAAAUAUUAAGUCUGUGAAAAAUGUAAAGAUUGUGAUGGACAAAGCUUUUUCAAAUGGUGCUGAUCUUUUGCUGAAACAGCUUCAGGAUAUGCGUCCUAUGGUCAUACUCAAAAAGUGGCUGUAUAGUUGAUGGUUUAUUUGGAAGCUGAAAUACCCAUUCAUAUGCCUUGCACUCAGGACUAGAAAUGUAACAUGCUGCAGAGUGGUACAUCAUAAACACAUUUGACCCAUAAUUUCUUAACAUGAGACAACAUUUAUUGCAAGUAGACCAUGGAUAUUGGACUGUAUAGGUUUUUAAAUAGAAAACUUGUUGACAAAUUUUGAUAUAUCAUUAUACAGUAUAUGUUGGUGGAAAUGUCCCAGGAGCAGGUAAUAUGUAGGGUUUUAGACUAGAAAGUCAUUUGUAUUUAUAAAAUCUUCUUUUUAAAAUAUGAGUUGGAUUUUGUUUAAAGAAUAAAAAAAAGACAUUUUGAUAUAUCCCCAUGGGAUUUAUAUUCUCCUCUUGUUUGGUAUGUAUUUAUUUUUUACAUCAAUGUAGUGUCUGUAAAUUUACAUGUCUUCCACAAAGUAUUCAAUAAAAUGGAAAUGGUUGCUUUUGUAAA